AUGACUCGGACUCACAUUCGAAAGUCGGUCUGUUCGGAAGUGCCCGACCACGACGGUCAACCUCUACGUCUGCCAUUACGAUCACAUCUCUCCACAUCGACCGUCAAGAUGGUUCGACAGGGCGAUAAGAACACCCCAAGCCAGUCUGGUCACACGACCCCGGCGCACGCGAGUGCCAGCCGCCCGGCGACCCGUCCGAGCUCGCCGGCGGGGGACCGCAAGGUCCAACCGCUGACCAUUGUCAUCAAGCUCGGAACGUCCUCCAUUGUUGCGGCCAAGUUCCCAUACCCGCCGAGACUUCAGCUUCUGUCCUCGAUUGUGGAGACCGUGGUGGGCCUGCGCGCGCUGGGACACAAAGUAGUCCUUGUCUCGUCUGGAGCCAUUGGAGUUGGAUUACGACACAUGGGGCUGAGGGAUCGCGGCAAGCAGCUGAGCCGGAAGCAGGCUCUGGCAGCCAUCGGACAAGGUCGUCUGAUCGCUCUGUGGGACAACCUGUUCGCCCAGCUGGACCAGCCCAUCGCUCAGAUUCUGUUGACCCGUGCAGACAUCAGUGACCGCACGCGCUACCUGAACGCGCAGAACACGAUGAAGGAGCUCAUCACCAUGGGCGUUGUCCCGAUUGUGAACGAGAACGACACUGUGUCUGUCUCAGAAAUCAAAUUCGGAGACAAUGACUCUUUAUCCGCCAUCACCUCCAACAUUGUUCACGCCGACUACCUGUUCCUUCUGACCGAUGUGGACUGCAUGUACACUGACAACCCGCGAGUCAACCCCGAAGCCAAGGCCGUCAAGGUCGUCCGCAACAUCAGCGAGAUCCGCAAGGAAGUUUCAACCUCGACGCUGGGAACUUCGCUCGGAACAGGAGGCAUGUCGACGAAAAUUAUCGCUGCGGAGCUGGCCACGGCCGCGGGUGUCACGACCGUGAUCAUGAACGCUGUGAACGUCAAGGACAUUUACGAGGUUGUGCGCGAUGGCCCAGCGCGCUUUGAACGAUGGUGGAUCACCCAUGGCCUGCACGUUGCCGGAACGGUUGUCAUCGACGAAGGCGCCUACCGCGCCGUCGGCAAGCGCGAAUCCGGUGGACGCCUGCUCCCCGCCGGAGUCGUUCGCGUGGAGGGCCCCUUCGCUUCGCACCAGGGAGUGCGCAUCGUCGUUCGUAGGAGGAAGCGCUUCCCUCCGGCCAAUCUCCUUCCGACUCCCAUCUCCGAGGCCGUCACUCCGGCGCGGAUGUCCCCGGAACACGGCCACGACCCGGAAUACUUGGCCACGCUGUCGCCGGUUACUCGCGCUCGCGUCCUUGCCAACGUUCACUCCACCACUAGCUCCCCUGACACCAACCCCCUCCCCGGCACUCCCCAGAUCCAGCCCACCCUUUCACUGUCAUCGUCUGUCGUCUCCCUCGACCCGCUAUCAAGGACAGGCCCCUCGUCUCCGGCGAUGCGGGCUGUCGCUGAUCGUCUCGUGACGACCACGAUCAGCGCCAGCUUGUCUGACGGAGAGGGUACGUUCUCGGCGCCCGCUGGUGGCCAGUCUGAGGAAUGGGAGGAGAUCGAGGUCGGUAAGGGUCUCACCCAGUACAACUCCGUGGAAAUGAACCGCAUCAAGGGAAUGAAGAGCUCUCAUAUCGAGCAGGUCCUCGGCUACAGCGAGUCGGACCAUGUUGUGGAGUCCAUUGUCCUUCUGUGA